AUGGUCGAACGCUUUCACCGCCAACUCAAGGCAUCUAUCAAAGCAGCUCCAGACAGUUCUCACUGGUUGGAACAUCUCCCUCUCAUCCUCCUUGGAAUUCGAUCCACGAUUAAGGAAGAACUGGGAUAUACUCCGGCCGAACUCGUUUAUGGCACAACACUCACCUUACCUGGGCAGAUGAUCGAACCUGUUUCACAAAACUUCCCUGACCCACAACAAUAUGUGCACCGAUUACGGACAUCCAUGUCGCAGUUAUCACCUUCAGGCCCCAGACAACAGAACGUCGUUUCACGUGUCCCAAAAGAUAUCAACACAUGGACUCAUGUCUUUGUGAGGAAUGAUGGGAUACCCUCUCAACUUCGACCACCAUAUUCAGGGCCUUACAAGGUCAUCAAAAGAGAACCCAAGUAUUUCGUCCUCGAUAUUGGAGGUAAACGAAAUACGGUCUCGAUUGAUUGUUUAAAAAAAGCUUUCAUCGAGGAGGACUUACAUUCAGUCCCCUCUUUUCCUCAAACAGACUCGGCAACUCCAGCGAACACCACAGAUUCUGCACAACCCCGACACACCAAAUCAGGAAGAACAGUUCGAUGGCCAGCAAGGUUUGUGCAAGUUUUUCGGGUAAGUUCUGAACUCCUAACGUAUCCAUAUUCCUAA